AUGCGUCGAGCUGUAUUUCAAACUCUGCAUGGACUCUCCCACCCUGGGAUCCGAGCCUCUCAAAAGCUCCUCGCGGAAAGGUUUGUCUGGCCUGGUAUGAACAAGGACGUCAAAGCUUGGGCCCGGUCGUGUCUGAGCUGCCAGCGCAACAAGGUGCAGCGUCACAACAAGUCCCCACCAGGCACUUUCCCCAGUCCCGACGCACGGUUCAGCCAUGUGCACCUGGAUGUCGUAGGCCCCUUGCCUCCAUCCAAGGGUUUCACCUACCUCCUUACCUGUGUCGAUCGAUAUACUCGCUGGGCUGAAGCUAUUCCUUUGCCGAAUGUUCAGGCUGAAACCAUCGUGAAGGCCUUCGUCAGUCGUUGGGUCGCCAUGUUCGGUGCCCCAUCCACGGUUACGACUGAUCGUGGUGCCCAGUUUGAGUCGGCACUCUUCCAAACGCUACUCAAUUUCCUUGGCUGCACACGCAUUCGGACGACAGCCUACCACCCCGCUGCCAACGGUAUGGUGGAACGUUUCCAUCGCCAGCUAAAGACCGCCCUCCGUGCCGUAGAAGACCCAGGAAACUGGUCGGACAACCUUCCUCUUGCACUCCUCGGCAUCCGCGCAGCUCUGAAGUCGGAUCUGGGCUGUAGCGCAGCUGAAUUGGUUUUCGGCACUACCCUCCGCCUGCCAGGCGAGAUGAUCAACCCAACCUCUCGUGGAGCCGACGAGACUCCUGACAAUCUUGUGCACCGUUUGCGGCAAUUUAUGCGCUCGCUUUCCCCGGUUCCACCUCGAGCUCCAAUGACUGAGUCUUAUGUCGAAAAAGACUUGGACAAAUGUACUCAUGUGUUCGUCCGGUGUGACCGUGUGCGCCAGCUGCUGGAAUCACCAUAUAAAGGACCGUUCCGCGUGCUCGCGCGCAACACCAAGACCUUCCGGAUUCUUCGCAGUGACAAGGAGGACGUGGUCAGUGUCGAUCGGGUCAAGGCUGCUGUUGCGGAGGAGCCGCCGGACCUAUCACAAGGACAAACAUGUGCUGACCAGCUAACCCCUGUUCCUCCAUCUUCCCUAUCCCCUACCCGUUCGCCCUGCCCACUGCCUUGCCCUUCCCCUCCCUUGCCCUCUACCCCUCCGUCCCGCAUACUUCCUCUCCCUACAUGUCAACAGCAUCCAACUGCAACACCAUCGUCCACCACAGCACGCAGUCAACCCUCCUCGACUGUACCUCCUGCAUACAUAACUCGCAGUGGCCGUCACGUUCAUUUUCCCGAUCGUUUAGUUACCCAUUUUUUCUAG